AUGUACGAGAUGAAACAAUUUAUUUCAUGUAGAGGUAUUUCUGGUGAAUGCAAUGCUUUAGUAACAAAGAACUACAAAAUGAGAUUUAAUUGCAAACAAUUGUUUCUUGCUUCGAGAAAAUCAUCAAUGGUCAACAACAACAGCCCACCACCAUUCAUUUUCAUGACUGAAUUCUUAACAUGGAAACCCCAAACAGCGGUUAAUGAUCAAGAAAAAAAAUAUAAUAAAGAACAAAUGGAAAUGCAUCAGUGCACCAAGUUCAUUAAUCACCGCAAUAUUGUGAUUCUCAUCGAAUUGGCUUAUUAUUCUCUUCCGAGGUCAAUUGCCAACCCAACAGACGAUACCACGUCUGGACUUUCUAUAACUUUACGCUCUACUCAAAUGGAACAGCAAAUAAUCAUUGUUCUCACUGCUGCUGUGAUUGCUACUGAAAUGACAGAAAAAUCCUUCAACAACAGCAGCCACAAACUUUACAUCUACUCGACGAUGAGAACUGAAAUGAUAUUACGACACAUUGACAGCUUAUGGAACCAUAAAGACAUUUUAUGCAAACCAAAUAAUAAUAAUAAUAACAACAACACAAGAAUUCAAUCUCAGUUUGACUAA